AUGCCCUUCAAAGAAUUCACCCCAAGCGGCUCGCCUCCAAGGGAGCCUCCAUCCCAUCGACGAGCAGCGCUUAAGCAGCGACCGUCUCUGCCAGCCACUCUUCCGGAGGCUUUAUGGUCGUCGGGAGGAGUACCUGCGUUGGCCCGACGUGGAUCAGCCGUUGAACCUUCAACUCGCACAUCUACACCCGCUUUUCCUGGUUCCAGUCGUCCUUCAAACAAUGCUCAACCUGGACCACCACCAUCAUCUGUCCGACCUCUCCUGCGUGCGCAGUCUUCUGCAAGUAAUCGAUUUUUGACACCGUCUGGCCGUCCGGAGUUACGUGCUCGACGCUCUGCUUCUCGUCCCGGUUCGUCGGCCGGUCCUUCUUCAUUGUCGCAACCACAAAUGGGGAAGGACUGGACCGAGGAAGUUAAGUUACCGCAAUAUGGUCUUCCUGGUAAAGGAGUUUCUGGUAAACAGUUAGCCGAAAAUUAUCAUCUUCUGGAGACACUUGGCAGAGGCGCUUUUGGAACUGUGUAUCUAGCCGUGGAUAAAACCACGGACAAAAAAGUCGCGAUCAAAGUGUUUAAUGUCGAAAGCCCAGAAGAUGACAUUGGUGAACUGCAGAACGAAAUAGGAAUUCUUUCCUCCCUCCAGCAUCCCAAUGUCACCGAACAUUAUGUAUCUUUCUUCAAGAACCAUUUCUUGUGGAUCGUUAUGGAACUUGUUGAUUUUGGCUCUUGUGCAGAACUAAUAUCUCGCUCCCAUUCACCUUCUCGCUCGUACAGCGAUGAGAGUACCUGUAAGAUUAUACUACGGGAAACACUCAAGGCUCUUGUGUACAUUCAUGAGAAUCAUUUAAUCCAUCGCGAUCUCAAGGCUGCAAACAUUUUGCUCAGCUCGACCGGUGAAGUUAAGCUGGCGGACUUCGGUGUUUCUGCUCGUGUCGAAGAGCAUAUGCCUUCUAAGAACACCUUUGUCGGAACACCGCUUUGGAUGGCACCCGAAAUUAUCAACACAAGACUAAGCAAGGAAAAGGGAUAUACCAGCAAAAUCGAUAUCUGGAGUUUGGGUAUCACGGCCUACGAACUUGCAACUGGAAAGCCUCCUCAUGUUACAGUUAAUACUGCUCAAGCGCUGGCUGCCAUUGGCAAGGGGUAUGAGCCAAAGUUACCCGCCGAUUUCUCACUGCCCUUCCAGAAUUUUGUUGGAAGAUGUUUGAAAGCCGAUCCAACCUUGAGACCGCACGCCCAUGAACUCUUGGAGGAUCCCUUCUUCGACGACUGCCCCGAUAAGUCGGAGUUAGUCGCACUCAUCAAGAAAUAUCCUCGGCCACAAUUAAAGACUAAGGAAAGUGAACAUGAAAUCCUCCCUGAUAUGAAUUCCUUGGCUUCGAUAGAUCCUGGGUGGGACUGGAAUUGGGGUAGUAUUCGAUCCAGCACACAUUUUAUCGACCCUGCUCCUUAUCGACCAUGGCACAAUGUGGUCACCCCAGUCAAAACAGCUGUCGAUACUGAUGCCGAAUCCGGGAAAGGAGGUGCUUCUGGACAACAUUUACGGGCGCAUCGUAGGGCUACGUCAACAACUGAGGUUCCAGUUGUAGGAAGGAAAUCCAUGGACGCUCGCACACCAGUUUCCAGGCCAUCAACAGCUACCAACCAGCCAGCGAGUCGCCCUUCCACCGGAGUUAAGGACAACGUUCGAGAUCGGGAGACUACUGUCAAGGCUGGUAGUUUUGGACGUCAGCUUGCCUCAGCUGAGGUUAAUGCGAGGGUCGCGGGCCAUAGAGCGGGCCGGGGCCUUGAUGCCAAAAACAAACUGGGGAGCGAACGAUCCCGCCAUUUUGAGAUUGGAGAGUCCGCUGGGGCACAAACUGGCGACUCACCGGCAGACAGGCCAAGGGUAUUUGUCCGUAGGGGCUCGCGAGCGCAAGAAAGCAAAGAUAGGGCCGCUCGGCGUGAAUCACUUGGUUCUGAGCUGCCCAUUAAUCGCCCAUUGCCUUCAUCGCGGCCAACCUCCUCGAGGGCGAAUACUUCAUACGAUGUUCGAGAGCAACAAAAAUAUCCUGUUCUUGAAAGACCUCAACGCGAUGAUUAUUUCGGUCCUGAGGCGGCCACCACUGUCAAACCCCACCUGGUUUCAUCUAGGCCCUCAUCAUCUUCGCAAACCGCCGAUCGACUGGCUCGUUCAAGUAAUGGCUCUAUGGCUAGGCAUACUCUUGAACGCCAAUCUUCAAAAUCACUUGAAAAUGAUCCGUUUCAAUCAGGGUUCAAGACAGCGGCUCCACAUGAUUCUAAGGGUCAAUUGGGACGAAAUGCUUUUGACUUUGUUGUGAAGGCGACUAUCGAGGAACUUUAUUACAGCUUGCAGCCAGGCAAAAAGCGAGAUGUCAUCAAAAAUCUUGGUAGAGCUUGGGCGGAACUUGAUGCGAUUAGCCCCGAACUUGAAUUAACGGUUAUCCGACGCCUUUGCAGAGGGAUGAUGGAGUAUCCGGAGCUCAAGUCUGUUCUGUUGAACGACGUACGUGAGCCUGAUGCUCGUUCGCCCCAAGACCUUGAAGACCUCUCUGAAACCCCGAUGUCAGAUGUCUUUAGGCGAUCUGGUUCCAAAUCAUCCCAAGAAUCCCUUGCGAGAUCUAGACGCUUGGCCGUACUCAGCAAGCUUGAUGCCGAACCUUUGUUUGCGACGACUAAGAAUGAGCAGUUGAGGGGUCAGCAUUGGCAUAAGGCCUACCGAUCUAGUUCGGCUUUGCAUGUCCCGCAGGAGCCCACCAUCGAGGAAUCCAAUCCGUCGACUCCUACUCCGCAAGUCGUGUCAUAUGAAGUCCAGGCCAUCGAAGCAAAGCUACGCGUCCUCCAGGAGAACAUGCGAAUGCCAUCGCAGAGCGUGCCAACAGAUUACGACGACCUUUCUCCCCUUGAUCCCAGCCAAAAAAUCAUGUUCGAUAAUCUCGACAGGCUUAGACAAGAGUCGAAACCGCAACUUGUUGCCCUACGCCAUGCCGAGUCUAAAGAAAGCGAAGACGGCAAAGCUUAUAGUGCUGUUCCUAGCUCGAUGGGACGACAACAUCUUAGGGGACUUAGCAGGGAGACCACCCCAGUAGCUGAUGAUGAGAUCCGCAGCAUUCUUCGUUCUGACAAGGAGAAGGUCCCACGCAAACCAGACCCAAAGCGACCAAGUUACUCCUACGAUGGUGCGUGUUCUGAUUCCGACAGUGAUGGCCCUGAGGUAGCUACUCGAUCUGCUGCCAUCGACAUGACCCCAUCUACACCAAAGAUCCAGCGCAAGCGAAAAUCUGUUGUCCGCAUCAAUCCAAAUGAAGAGAUUGUUGAAAUCAAGCCACUACCCGUUAAAUCUACUGCUCCUUCUCCGGUUAAACUUUUCUCCCCACGUACUCGUCUUCGCCAAGCACUCCUCUCCGAUGAUGAGGCAUCACCAGUUCAACCGUCCAAGGCCACUGCACCGGACACACCAGCCGCUCUUCCUGAGGGUGCUAGGACACCACUUAUGCAAAAGAAGAUUACUCAGCUAAGGUCGCCGGAGGAAAUCAUCGAAGCGAACGCUGCAAAACAACCACGCAGCCCUGUUCAGUCAGAAAACGUUAGAGUUGAAUCAUCCAAGAGCCGCUUGGCGUUUGCCAGAAAGGUUGAGUAUUCUAGCCCUCUUCCAGAUGCUGCCGCAGCUCGCCCUCUAGGACGUCGCGCCACCCGUGCAAGCCUUCCGAGCUCCAAAGCCAGCAUGCCCAGCUCUCGUCCACGAGCCAAGUCCACCGCUAUUGACCCAGCAGCUCAACUUCUUUCCAAGACACCAGGACGCAAGCGUUCUCAAUCGAACCUGGCUGACAACAAACCUACGAAUCUUCAUGCCUCUCAAUUGGAUAGCCCAAGCUCAGGCGAGGAGCCGGAGGAAAUACAACCAAAACCAAACACCCCCGCCCCGCUACGCGCUUCCCGCCCAACUCCAACUGAGUCAUUCGGCCCCGAGCUUCUCCCCGCCAGACGUCUCGACCGACCAAUCAUGCGCCCCAUUAGUCAGCCCGCCGCCCGCCCAUCGUCUGCUCGUCUCGGCCGCCCAUUCACUGCCCAUGCCUCUGCCCCCGCUCUUGGUGCAAAUGGUGCUACUAGAGAACCCUAUCGUUCAUCCCGGUCCAAUGCCGAGAAAUCUGAAUAUCAAUGGCAGCGUCGAGGCGACAUGAAGAAACUUGACGACUAUCUCAAUGGCAAAUUUGGUGGUAAUCACGGGUCCGGUGAAUCAGCUCAACGCCAACAACCCACUAAAGUUAUCUUCGACAAUCUUUAG